AUGUCGUCGUCUCUUCAGCGCACCCGCUCCCUGCGCAAGACCGAACGGGCUCCCACCGCCAGGGCACAGCCGCCACGUCCAUCACCCCCCGCGGAGCCUGACCGGGGCGACUCCCCCAGCCGCCUGCCCGUCAAACCGCCCCCGCCACGCACCACAUCGACCUUGGCGACGGCCAGCGCUCGAAGCGGCAGCAGGCCCGUCUCCGCCAUUCUCGGCCGCUCUGCGUCCACGUCCCAGAGGCGGAAUGCUGCCGCACAGGAGCCCGUCAAGCGCGAGUCGUCGAGCCGCUACCCGCCCUCGUCGGCUUCCAACAGACCGCCUGCCAGGACCCGGCCUACAUCAGCCGGUAGCGUCACGUCGGCAUCGGCAGCGGGCGCGCAGCCCCGCGCGGCCUCGGCGGCGUCGCGCUCCAGCAUCAUUGCGCGAGGAGGCACCGCGUCGACAGCAGCCAAGGCGGCCCCUCCGCCGUCGACGCCGCCCGCAGCCGUGGCUUCGAGGCCGACGCAGCAUCCGCGACUUCGACCGGCCUUUUCGACCCUGCAGCAGCACUACUCGCCCGCCAAGAACCUGGCGCCCAAGCCCCUGACAUCGACGUUCCUCGUGCCCCCCUCGCCAUCCAAGCUCCCCGCCAACGUCGCCGCCUCGGCCGAGACCAACAAGCUGCAGACAGAGCUUCUGCAGCUCCACCUCUUGCACCGCGAGGCUGCGCCCGUACAGGCUCAGUGGCAGGCGAGCGCGAGGGACAAGCUCGGCCGCCGGUUUACUCAGCUCGGCGAGGCGAGCAGGGCCCUGGCAGAUACGCAGCGGGCGGGGGUUGAGCGUGACAAUAUCCUGGCUCUCCGCCGCUGGGGGAGCUCUGGCAAGGGCCUCGACGAGAAGAUUCAGCUCCUGGGGGACAUUUUGAGCGGGCUAUGGACGCUCAGCGAACCCGGGGGGCGGUACGGUAGGGCGGUAAGACGCUUCGAACGAUGGGCCCACCGCGUCCGCGACGUCGAGGAGGCGAGGGCCAGCUCUGGUAGCGCAGCGGUCCACCUGCAAAGCCAGAGCGCGCUCUUCAUCGACGAGCUGGACGCUCCCUGGAAGGACGAGUGCUCGGCCAUAACCCGCCGCCUACGAGACUGGCGGUCUCAGCUCCACGAGAUUGACGACUUGGCUCCGGCCACCUCAAACGACGUGGACAAGGACACGAGCGGCGGCUCGAGCCUGGAGCGGAUGCUGGCGGGCGCGCGGAGCCUGGCGCAGGACAUGCUCGCGGAGCUCGGGGCCAUGGAGGACAUGGAGCGCGAGGCGCUCGCGCGGGAGGGCGAGUGGAUUGAGAGGAUGAACCGGGACGAGGCGGGCGGCGAGGGUACGGAGGCCGGCGCCAUGUGGAGGACAGUCUAG